UAGUAAUCUGGUUGUCAUUCUGCACCCUUUCCUGCUUGCAAUUCUUUGGCAAAAUACUAUGAAUUCUUCUUCUCGUUCUGGGAAGUAAUAUAAUAGUUUUACCCAAAGAAGCCUCUCUUUUGGAGAUUUAUUAAGGGGAAUGUUCCAAGAAAAUUGGCAGGAUUUGGGCUGUGCUGUUUGCAGAGCACUGCAUGUUCCCCCGUCCUUGGUUUCUUCGCCCUUUGUUCGUCUUUUGAGGACAAGAGGCAUUGGCGUGACUCACUGUUCUCCCCAUUCCCCUGAGAGUAAAUGCCAUCAGAACUCCUAACAGCAAAAAAAUAAGAGGGAAAAUACAUCCUCAGCUCUUUCGGAAUGGUCUCUGGUGUCCUGAGAACUGACAGCUUAAAAAAAAGAAGAAGUAGCAAAAGGAUAAUAUGCUGAUUCCAUCUGGACUCUAGAGUCCAAAGAAAAGAAUUCAAAGUCUGCCCAAGAGGCCCCUGAAAUCAUCCUGUACGGCAUAUAUAUAUAUAUAUAUAUAUAUAUAUAUAUCCGCCUGUGUCCUCAUUGGCAAUAUCACAUGGUCCUGGAAGGGAUCACAGAUACAAGCUGUGGAACAUUAACUGUGGAGCCUCAACAAGAUUGCACAUUGACCACGCUUCCCUUACCUCCUGGCUGAACUGCUUUGCUUUGCCUUCGAUGGCAUCCAUAACCCAGGAACAGAUCCAUAAGUUCCGCCAAGAUGGCUUCCUUGUUCUUGACCAGUUUUUCAGCUCUGAAGUGUGUGAGGCCAUGAGGGCCCAGAUCCAAAAGAUCAUUGCUGACAUGGACGUGCCUCCUCACUGCCGUACAGAGUUUUCAACCCGGGAAGAUGAACAGCUCCAGGCACAGGGCAGCGCGGAAUAUUUCCUAACCAGCGGAGACAAAAUCAGAUUCUUUUUUGAAAAAGGUGUUUUUGACGGAAAAGGAGAUUUUCUUGUUCCAAAGGAAAAAGCUGUUAAUAAAAUUGGCCAUGCGUUGCAUGCAUACGAUUCCACCUUCAAGCAGAUCACUCACUCCUCAGAUGUGCAGGUACUGGCAAGAAAACUGGGCUUUGAAAACCCAGUGGUGGUGCAAAGCAUGUACAUAUUCAAGCAACCUGGCAUCGGCGGUGAAGUGACGCCACAUCAGGAUGCCACCUUUCUACAUACGGAACCUUUGGGGCGAGUGAUCGGCCUCUGGAUCGCCCUGGAAAACGCCACCCUAGAGAAUGGCUGUUUGUGGUUCAUCCCUGGCUCUCACACAAGUGGGAUCACUCGGCGUAUGGUUCGUACUCCCCCAGGCACAAUCCCCUGCACAAAGUUUGUUGGUUCUGAGCAGACGUACGAUGACAGGCAAUUCAUCCCAGUGCCUGUUGAGAAAGGUGGCCUCAUUCUGAUCCAUGGUGAGGUUGUCCACAAAAGUGAGCCGAACCUCUCCGAAAAGUCCCGCCACGUCUACACUUUCCAUAUCAUGGAGGCCAAGGACACGGCUUGGAGCCCAGAGAACUGGCUUCAGCCAACCCCUGAGUUGCCUUUCCCCUCUUUGUACACACAAAACUAACAACUGGAGUGCAAGGUGACGACUGACCAGCCCAUGCCUUGGAGUUCACUGCUAGCUACUUUACCUUUUUAAAAAUCUAGCUUUGUGA